AUCACAGAAGACAGGCAUGCGGGUAGCACAGGACAGUUCAGCCUGCAGUUCAUAGUAAACCCUAGUGCAAGGGCAAAUGUGUUUCUGAUGUUAUAACCAUGUCAGAAUGGCUCAAAGGAAAUAAUAACUUGGUAAAGGGGUUGAGUGUCAGAUUCCUUGUGAUUUGUCAGUUGGAACGCUUAAAACCUAAAGUUAACAGCUUGUUAAUAUGUCAGGGUUGAUUCCAAAAGCCCAUGCUGCUGAGUAGUAAGCUGGUGGAUCAGACAGUAAAUAAUUCUGUGCUUCAUACACAGUUGCAUGAUGAGAAAUACAUUUCUGAUGCUUGAAGAGCUGGCUAUGAAGAAUACAGGGAGGAGCAAGGGUAAUAAUGGUCUGCACUGGCAAAUUGCCAUAGCUUACUCAGCCCUGUGAAAAGAAUUUUGGGCUUACUUCUAGGUGAUUUAUUGCAGGAAUAUGGUUGCAGCCAUGAUGGUGUAAGGAUACGAGUGAAGAAAGAUUUGCGAGGGCAGGGUAAUAUCAGUUGGUUUAAAAGAAGAUGCACUUGCAAAACAGAACAAGCUUGUGCGUACAUCAGCCGUUCUUCAGGCUUGACUUUCGUGUCUCCACAGCUUUCAGCAGCAGUGUCCUCGAUGUUUUAAUCUGCUGCAGCUCAAAUCUUAGUGUGAUGGAAAAAGUGUAGUUGAUAUUAACAUUACAGAUAGCUUGAGGAAGCUCUUUAUCUUAAUGCACAGUGGGCAGAAAGGAUUCUAGAGACUACUCGCUUUUUGAGUUUUGUAGUGUAUCUGCUUUGCUUGUAUGACAUGCUGAAGGUGUGUCUAAAUAUAUAUGUAAGUGACCGUAUUCAAAGAUUAAUCCUGAGAUACUCGGCUUUGCCUGAUGAAGUUGUGGUUAAUUCUGAGUGCAUUUGGCAGCAGUUCCUUAACACAAGCAAUUCAGUGCUGCAGUCUGCUGUAGCUGAUGCUUCCAGAGAUUCCAGGUUUUGUUGUUGUUUGUUUUUUAAAUUACAUUAGUUUUUCUUCAGUACAUAUGUGGGUUUUUUCUUCAUUGUUCUGAGUGAAGUGUAUUUACCCUCUUUUACCAAACAGCUUCUUGUACUGCACUUAUCUUCCCCUGUAGAUUCCUGUAUUGAAGGCAAACAGGUAUUUUUCAAGUGAUGGCAGUAUAGUUUUUAACCUGUGACAACCAUCCUAUGGACUUUUUUUCAUGUUGCUUCAGUGGAAGCUUUUAUGUGGCACUCCUGCAGUUCUCCGUGUAUAUAUAUGUUAUUUUUUUCCUAUAGUCUGUAUGUAUGUUAAAAUGGUGGCUAAAAAGAGAGAAAAAUAUAGCUUAUGGACAGCAUUUAAAUAUGCUAACCUUUAUUUGUAACUAGCUGCUGAGAUUUUGUGGAAGAAGCUGGCAUAGAUGGUGGUUUGCCAACUUAGGCUCUUUUUUUCCUUGAACCUAAUCCUUUAGUUUCAUUGCUAAUCAGUGGAAGCCUCUCUGCAAACUUUUUGGAGAGUUAAGCAUGUGACAGGGAAAAAACCCUUAUGCUUAUCCUAUUUAUGCUGGGUACAGAGAUACUGAUACAUGAAGCUCAUGUAUCUGAACUUAAGUCCUUUAAUUGAAAAAUGACAUUUUACUGCUUUGAUUUCCUGAAAAAUUGGUUGGGUAAGCUAAAAGUUGUAAAUAUUUUCAGUGUGGUUGGCACUAAAACUGGGAGAUGAUCUCAGGAGCUGGCAAGAGUCUUUGAAAGAUACUUGGUUUCUUAUUGUUAAGCAUGAAGUAGGUGUGGCAGCUGCCCUAUUUAGGUGGUUCUUGGUGAGUAAGGGGUACCCUUUCUCUUCUGUGCACCUUUUUGCUCUAAGUAUGCUGAGAGAUGAAUCCGUUUAAGUGCUAUGCUUAGUGUGACAUUACAAAAGAAAACUUGAAGUCUGUAAGCUUGAUUUCCACAGCCUAACAGCUUACCUCUGUAGGUACUUAGUAUAGCGUACCCUGUUUCGGUGUUUUUUUCCAGCAGGUAAUUUCUAAACUGUGACCCUAAAAUAUACCUCUAUGCUGGAAAUAACACUUCACAUUACUUAUUUUUUCAGUGUAGAUAGACGUUGAUGCAAUUUCCUUGAGUGUUUUCUUUGACUGUGCUCACAUCUAGUCAUUUGAAGCUGAUGAAAUGCAGCACACAUCAACAGAAUUCACCAAUUUUUAAGCAGGCAAGUAUUUGAUCCAAAAGAUGUUGCUCUAAGAGUCAGUGAACUCUAGUUUUGGCAGAAUUGCACAAAUCCUGCAGUAGGAAUGCUCUGCUGAACACGCUGAACUUUGAGUCCCCAGAAGGUUAUGCCAGGAACAGAUUUGGCCAAAGGUAUGAUGUCAGAUUGGGGGCCCCUGAUGCCACAGCAGGAAGAGACACUUGGGAGUGGGACAUUUGAGCUUGAUUGACACCCCAGCAUGAACUCCAGAAGAGAUGUUCUAGUAUGCCAGGGUAGAGUGACUUUUGAUACAACCAGACACUUUAGUGAAGGAGCCAUAAGAAAGAGAAGCCUGGAAAGACUAAAGCUGCAAGAACAGGAGCACGUUCGGAAAAGGGGGAAAGGAGAGGGGGUUGAAAGAAAAAGACGUGGUGAUGAAAUGAAGUUCAAGAGAGAAAAAAGAAAGCUAAGCUCGAGAGGAGAGAAGAGAGGCAGAUAGAUGGAGAUGAGAAACAUCCCCCAAAGCAGCAGAAGGUACCAGCUGAAGAACAGCAGUGUCCAGAGAAUAUGCCUGAAUGGGAAGAAAGGAAAUCCCUGCUAGCUCAGAGAAGAGUGGAGUCUGUCAGACUGCUUACAGUGCUGUUAAACCAUGUGAAAGAUUUUGUGCAGUUGGCAAGUCAAAAAGUGGAUCCUUCAUUGGGCGUAAGGAAGGACAAUUCCUUUCCUGAAACAGGAUUAAAAGGCACACAUCAGGAACUGAUUAACCCCCAUUAUCUUACACACAAAGAACUGAAACGUAAGAAAGAGUUUAAGUGCCCAUUAACCAGAAAAAGUAGCAGCUUAUGUAGUGAGGAAGGAGAUGCGAGUAACUACCAUGCAUCUACUUGUCAUAUAGUCAGGACGAUUUUAAGUGAUUCCUCUACAGCCCCGAGUUCUGACGGACUGCCUGGCAGAGAUGCACACAACUCCUUUGGCUGUGGAUCUUUACUGAUUACGGUUACGCAAGACUGCAGGGUCAUCGAAUCCCUCGAUGGAAGGGACUUCCCAGCACUGAAUGUAGUUCACACGCAGACAGUGUCUGAUGAAGAUGGUUGCAAAAAGCCAAAGGUUUAUGAGACUGAUGAAUUCAUCCAUUAUUUACUAAACUACUAUCAGACACCACGCUACGCACGUGUUUGCUUAGAGCCAAAAAGCACGGUGAACAAGUCCUGGUGGAAGAGAGUGGUGUCUGAUGAUGAUAGUGGCUUUGACAUCUGCUUAAGUAACAAACAUGGUGAACGCUUCAGAGGAGCGAGCCCUGUGCAAAACCUCAACAGGAGAAACUGUAGUAGCGAUGGUAAUUAUAGACUGGUCAUCACUAUUGGGGAACUGGGGUCCACAGACACGGUGUUAGAAAACAAAGCCUAUGGGGGUAGGCUUGCAAGAAGUUUGGAAGUGCAGAGGAAUGACUCUCUCACUGCUGAUAACUUACCACGUGCUGGACUGAAUCAUUCUUUGGAUUGCACUGCUGUUACUCAUGAUAAGGAAUUCAAACAAGAAGGUAGUGAUGAAGGUACUGUACCAUACGAAACAUGCAGAUCUGCUUGCAGGCUAAAGGAUUUGUUGGAAGAGAUGAGUGAUUCAGAGUACUUUAGAGGGGCACGUAGCAGUUCGAUGAAGAGAACAGAAAGAAGGUGUGAAGAAAUUUACAGCAAUUGUGGCAAAGGGUGCUUGCCUGCAAGAGCAGGGGAGAGAAAAUUACUGGUUUACCUUAAAAAUGUAACUCUGGAAGGUCAAGAGAAGGAAAACAGCAAAUGUAGCUUCUGUUGUAAUGCUGUCCAUGAGGACUUGGCAAGGGAGUGUGAACAUAAGUUUAAAAAGUCGUGCAAGAGGUCUAGUAGUAAAUUAAGACAUGAAGGACAGAAAAGUGAGAGACAAUCUGGGGAAGAGGAGAGAAGUGCUCACAAAAUGAAGAAAAAGCCAAAAAAGUUUUCUUCUAAUCUUUUAUCUGAUGAAUGUGGCUUUUCAGAGAUGGACAGUUGCAUGCAGCUGGAGUCGCUCAGAAAGAUACAAAGAAAAUACAAGAAAAUGUUCCACAAAAAAGUGAAAUUCAAGACCCUUCACCGCACCAUGGCAGCACCAGGUGUUACCCCUCGUGAUGGCUCACAACUUCAGGGGACCAUCCAGAGCACAGGAGAUGAUAAGAAGUUAAUGUUCAGAAGAGAUGUGGAUGCAGAUGUCAGAGGAUGCUCUCUAUUUCCUCUUGAAAUAAUUCAGACAAAUCCCUGCUCAGAUACUUUCUGUGGAGCAGAGCCCAGAAGAGGAUGUUGAACAGUUGCUAUAUAAUAGCUCUUAAGUUUUGAUACAGAAGUGGGAGAAGGAAGUCCUUUGACCAUUAUAAGGUAUAUGAAAUACUGGGGUCUUUUUGCUUAGGUAAUUCCUUUGGUUUGAAUAUCUAACUGGUGUAGUGAGACGCAACACCAGAAUCUGUGUUUGCCUUUUGGAUAACAGAGGACCAAAACUUUCCUGAGGACCAGACAGGCUUUCAUGGACCAGUUGCUAAGAACUUGAAAGGAUACAGAUUAAGAUCUUGGAGUGUUAUAUACCCUGAUUAAAUGUAGGGGCCCAUGUAAAUAUCAAAGUUAGUCUUUAGCAGUAAUGAAUCAUUGGGAAAAAACAUAGCUAUGUAAGUCCUAGAGCAAGCGUAUCAAGUGCCUCCUCAGUCAGGUUGUUAAAAUGGUGGGACUGGAAGGUGUAGGGGACAUUUAUACUCAAUUGUGGGAAGUAAUAGAUUUCCAGAUAUGAAGAAAAAAAAUCAAUCUUCUGUAAAUCUCACACUGGGAAAAUGCUUGUUUUCUAUUCACAGUUCUAGAAGUGUUUCUGAAGCCUUGCUGGUCUUUGGAAGGAAGGGUUUCACUGAACUUUUGCUAGAUGUGGUGCUUCCAGGAAUCUGAAUGAUUGUCUAAGCAAAGCUCUGAAUGUUAGGUAGGGAAAGGGCCACACUUGUCAGCAUGCUGACAGUCCCCGUAUCUGUAUGCAGGUUGAAAAUUUGCUCUCAAUAUUUUGAAGGCACGUGUAGUGAGAUAGCUAGUGUGUUUGCUUACAAAUAAUUUCCAGAGAAAUUGUGAAAUUUUGUCAGACUUGUGCUGCAUGUAGGUAAAAACGUAAAAACACAGUCUAGGAGCUUGAGUUAUAUUAAUAUUUAUUCAGCUGGCUAUAUUUAGAAAACAGCCACAAUUGCUUUUGGACAAAGUCCCUUAGCAAGAUAUAGAGGACAGUAAGUUCAAUAAUGAUUAUUUCAGCUAUCAUUUUAAUAUGCUUUAUUCAUUACAUGUUAAUAUAUGAAGAUAAUGUAAUAAUGUUGCCUUCAUUACAUAGAAUCUUACCCAUGUUUGUAACUUCUGCUCUAAUAAAUAGUAAUUAAAAAAAAUAUUGUAAUUGUUCAUGGUAGAUAGGUUUUUCCCCAGUGUUCAAUACUGGUGACUCCUACAGGCUUCUAAGCCAGGUUUUAUCAGUAUUCUCUAUUCACACGUUCAGAUGUUGAGUGCCUUUUCAGGUCGUGAAUGACAAAUGGUUGCUACUCAAAGUACUGUUAAUCUAUUAUCUAAAAAGAUCUUAUUUUCUUGACAGAAAUAUUUUCUGACUAUUUUGGAGAACAUUUAUGCCCCUCUGAAGUCUCCUUUUUAGUAUUUUAUACGGUUAUAAUGAAGAUCAACUAUUGUAUUUGUUGACUGUGUGAAAUGUUUCAGUUGCACUGAUGUGACAUACCAAGGGUGUUUUCUCUCUACGCAAUAUUUGCGGAUUAAAGAUGACAAGACUUCCCCCUCUGUCGAUCCAUACGGUUCUGUGUCCGUGAGUACCCAUUUCCCAUGAGACAGGGCUUUUGAUUACAGGUGCGGAAGCAUUUCUUUUUGCUAAUCUGGGGGAGCAGGAACUAAAGAUUUCCUUCGGUGUAAAUUUCCAGUGUUUUAUCAACAUGUUGUCACAAUAUUCAAUAACAAAUAAAUAUACCAGUUCUGUAAUUGCUUCUUGCGUUCACCUAUAUUGAUUGAAAUUGAUGAAGCAAAUCCUCUCUCUCCAAGUCCUCAUUCUGUGUAAAACUUUGCUAGUAAAUAAAAUGUGUGCACUUUAAAAUGUGA